AUGCGGCAGCGCGGCCACAGCCCCCCCUCCCAGCAGCUCUUCAGCUUGCCGCCCCCGCCCUCUUCUCAGCACCGACACAGCCUCCACGAGCUGCCGCGCGUGAGCGGACACCCGCAGCCUGUGCAGAGACCCCAGAGACCCCCCCAGCAGCAGCAGCAGCAGCAGCAGCAGCAGCCGCAGCAGCCGCAGCAGCAGCAGCAGGACCCCUGGGCCCCACACCCCCCGCCUCUGCCGCGUCCCCUCCCGCCGCCGCCGCAGAGUUCCGCGGCGCGAGGGGCUCGUGCGCGGACCCCGCAGCAGCGGCAGGCGGCGGACCCCUCCCCUGUUUUCAAUGAGCGCGCGCAGAGCUACGAGCCGCAACAGAGUCCGCAACUUCGCGCGCAACAGCAGGUCCUGGUGGGGAGCAGCCUACCCGUCAGCCACUGCGCCAGCGGCUCCGGAGAGCAAUGUAGGAGCCCGCAGGUGGGCCCCCCGCGAGCCCCGCACCACUGUGAGCGGCAGCGGACUCCUCCGCACCGCGUAGACACAGGCUCCAGAGGCUCCAGAGGCUCCAGAGGCUCCAGCCACCAGCACCUCCGUCAGGUAGGCGACACUGUGCGUGUGUGCGUGUACGUGUGCGCGCAGGUGAAUGACAGAUGCAGAAAAGAAGAAGCGGCAGCCUGUUGGUGUGACGCGCGCACCGCUCACGCGCGCACACACCUCAUGCGAUCCGCGGAGGAUCCGCUUCCAGAGCCUUCCACAGGUAUAGGACACAUGUCUGUGCUGCGGCGGAGCGGCUCCGGGGGCUCCGGGCCGCUGUCCUCGUGCGGACGGGACUUAAACCCCGUGACUCCGCAUGUUUCCAGGCUCCGGGCUCAGAAAGAGUUUACUCUGAGCCUCAUGACUCAUUCAACAGACUGA